GCCGAGCGCGGCCGCCAUGCCUGGAGCGGGGCUGUGAGGGGCCGUGAGGCGCCGCCAUGGUGCGGCUGCACGUUAAGCGCGGCGAUGAGAGCCAGUUCCUGCUGGAGGCGGCCUGCGGAGCUCGCCUGGCCGAGCUGGCGCCUCUCGUCGCCCGCAUCUACAACGGGAGGCUGAAGGUGCAGCGGCUGUGCGCAGAGAUGCAGGAGCUGGCAGAGCAUGGUGUUUACUUGCCGCUUAACAUGCAAGGGCUGACAGAAGAGCAAAUUGAAGAACUGAAGUUAAAGGAUGAGUGGGCAGAGAAGUGUGUACCCAGUGGCGGGAGUGUCUUCAAGAAGGAUGAAAUUGGACGAAGAAAUGGACAUGCUCCAAAUGAAAAAAUGCAGCAAGUAAUAAAGAAGACAAUAGAGGAAGCCAAGGCAUUAAUCUCUAAGAAACAAGUUCAGGCCAACGUGUGUGUUAAUAUGGAGAUGGUGAAAGAUGCACUGGACCAGCUGCGAGGGGCUGUGAUGAUUGUGUACCCAAUGGGAUUGCCUCCAUAUGACCCAGUGAGGAUGGAGCUGGAAGAUAAAGAAGACCUGGCGGGGACUCACGCCGGACUUGAAGUUAUAAAAGAAACUGAAGCACAAUUAUGGUGGGCAGGAAAAGAGUUGAAAGAAACCAAGUUGCUUUCUGACUAUGUAGGCAAAAAUGAGAAAACAACCAUCAUUGUAAAGAUACAGAAAAAAGGACAAGGAGCUCCAGGGCGUGAACCUCUGAUUAGUCAUGAAGAGCAAAAACAGAUGAUGCUGUACUACUACAAAAAGCAGGAGGAGCUUAAGAAACUAGAAGAGGAUGAUGACGACUCUUUUCUAAACGCUGAGUGGGCAGACAGCCAUGCUUUGAAAAGACAAUUUCACGGCGUAAAAGACAUCAAGUGGGGGCCGAGAUGAAGCUCUACAAACACCUUUUUGCCUCUUCCUGCUGUUUGGUUGAUCCACUUGUUUGCUAAGAGGGGCGUUGUGUGUUAGAUUCUUCUGAGAAAAGCUGAAGUUGUCUCUUCCAUAGCAGAUGCCUCUUUCAGCCUUAGGUUUUCAGUAAAUGUUUACAUUUCUAUACAACGGUAGCAGCACUUGUCUGCAAAGAUUGGAAUCAGUCCUGUUCAUGUUGAUUGUUCUAUUAGAAACUUGUAAUUUGAGUAUUGAAAUAUUAACCUAUUUCAGAGAGAAUAUAUCUAAUAAAUGUGUGCUAGGAUAUUGGAUAUU